AGACCCUAGUCCUGUUCCCUCAGGGCCAGAAACCUAUACUGAAGCUCUCCUCCCAUAUAUCUAGGAGUUCAGCCCUUCUCCCUGAAAUCCUGAAACUACAUACCCAGGCUCUCCUUCCUCAGACUCAGACCAGGUCCACAUCCUCCAAGCCCAGAAGCCCAUACUCAAGCCCUCCUUCUUCAGACCUGAGUCCACCCUGCCCCCACCUCCAGUUUUUUUCCAAGCCUCUGAAUCUCAGAAUCCAGCAAUCCAGCUAGGGAGCUUCCAGCGUGGACCGCUCAGGACAGAAACACAAGUUAGUACUUCGCUGGCUAUGAGAUCCAGAGUUUGGAGUAUGGACUUUGCAGCUCGGUCUCAGACCCGUGGGGAAACAAAUCUUCGUCCGUUCAGCCUGUUGAAGACCGGGUCCCCAACCCCUCCUUCCUAGAGUCCUCCCUCCCCCGCCCCUUGUCCCCUUAAAAUACCCGGAUCCCUAUGGCAACAGGCGCCUGCGACAGGUGCGAGUGUUAUUUACGGGUCGAGCCCAAAAUAGCCGGUGGGGUGAGGGGGUGGGCGGAUGGGGCGAGGCAGGGAGCGAGCGCAGCAGGUCCGGAGGGCUGACUGGGUAGUGGCGAGCAAAGCCGGACGCUUCGGAGGCAUCGCGGAGCUGGGGCCGUCGCGGCGCAGAGGCAGGAGAGCUCAAGGGACCCGUGCCGGGGAGACCCGGGUGGGAAGCCCAAAGGGAGCGCGGGACCCCGAGCUGAGUCUGGAGCGAUCCUGGCCGAGCAGGCCUUGGGAGCCUGGGGGAGGGGGAGCCGAGUGACUGCAGACAGACUGACUGAGAGUCCCUUUCCAAGCCCUGUGUCCCCCAGGGUAUUUAUUUUGCCCUGGUUUUCUGAGCCUGAGUGUGGACCACAGUGCCUUGAUCUAAGCCCUGUCCUGACUACAGGUUUUCCUCCUGGGCCCUCAGAGUGGCCCCCGGCCUCUUUUUCUGGACCUCACUGUGAUUCUCAGCCACUGUGGGAGACCUGGACUCUUUUCUGAGCAGUUCCUGGCUUGCCUAUACUCCCUCGAAUUCCAUUGGGGCCCCGAAUUAACUGUGAAUACUGGAGGAUUCUCCUUGCCUUUCAGACUUGGAGAGAUAUCAAACUUUACCUGUGAAAUCCCAAUUCUAACUCUUGUAUUGCCCAAAAGUGUACUGAUUUCUCCUUUCUCAAAGUCUGAGCCUGAAGAAACUUAAACUAUCUCCUCAAACACAUGAAAGACCUCAGCUUCCCUCUUUGGGAAAACUCUGAGGCUUACUGGAGACCCCAUCAGCAGCCUAUAGAGACUGGACAAGUUUUCCCCCUGGGUUCUUCAGUCUUCCUCUUGGGUCCGUAAACUUCAGAGUAGCCUAGCUUUUUUCCUAGGCCUCACCUGUGCCAACUUCAUGUGCACAAGCCCUGGCGGCAUCCUUAGGCCAAGACUAUAGUUAGUUUCUCUUCUCAGGGGCAGAGGCCUCCACUCUUGCAUUUCGGGUUCAGCUUUUUCUCAUUCCCAAUCUGAUUGACACUGAGGCCACUACUUCCUUUGAAAGUGCAGGCCCUGCUCCCUGCCCCUUAAGACCCCUCUGCACGGGUCUUUCUGACUCCUUGAAGCUCUCCUGAGCCCCAGCCGAUCCCAUCAUCAUGAUGUGGUCUAACUUCUUCAUGCAAGAGGAAGACCGUCGUCGGACGGCUGUGGGCCGGCGUCGUGCCCAAGAACAGCAGAAUCUCGGCUUGACUCCGGAGCGAGAGGGCAAGAUCAAGCUGGGGUUGCUGGUGGCUAUCGUGGGUGCCACUCUGGCUGUGCUAGCUGUGGGCACCGAGUUCUGGGUGGAACUCAAUACAUACAAGACCAACGGCAGCGCCGUCUGUGAGGCCGCCCAUUUGGGGCUGUGGAAGGUGUGCAUCAAGCGACUGUGGCAGGCGGAUGUACCCGCGGGCAGGGAGACCUGUGGCCCAGCUGAGCUGCCAGGAGAAGCAAACUGCACCUACUUCAAGUUCUUCACCACGGGGGAAAAUGCGCACAUCUUCCAGAGAACCACCAAGAAAGGCCUGCUGCUCUUUGUCAGCCUGGAGGUGUUCCGGCAUUCCGUCAGAGCCCUGCUGCAGGGGGUCAACCCUGAGACCCCUCCAGCUCCACGCCUGGCCUAUGAGUAUUCCUGGUCCCUAGGCUGUGGUGUGGGCGCUGGUCUAAUCCUGCUGCUGGGGGGAGUCUGUUUCCUCCUGCUCACCCUGCCUUCCUGGCCCUGGAGGUCACUGUGCCCCAAGCGGGGUGGCCCAACUGCCUAGAGCGCUGGCCUGCUUUCUGAAGGCAUCUGCCAACCCUGCCUCAGUUUCCAGCUUUCUCCUCAGGACUUUUCAUCUCUCUUCUAGAGAAACUGUUUUUCCCACUCUGGUGGGCUCAUUUCACAAAAUGUCUUGGUCCCUCAUCUUCUCUCUGUAAAUAAUGCCUUUGGGGGUGUGGGGAAUGGCUCAGUAAGUAAAUCGCUUGCUGAGCAAGCUUGAGGACUUGGAAUUUGAGUCCCCAGAACUCACUUUAAAAGCCAGCACAGUAGUCCAUGUCUAUAAUUCCAAUGUUGGGAAGGCAGAGAUUAGAGGAACCUUGGAGCUCACUGACCAGUUAGCCUAGUCAAUUAUUGAGGUCAGGUUCAGUGAGAGACCCUGUCUCAAACAAUAAGGCAGGAGCAACAAAGGAAGAUGCCUGAUGCUAAACUCUGACACACACACACACACACACACACACACACACACACACACACACACACCACAGUAGUUGAAUUUGGGUUGCUUGAGGUAGGAUGGGAAGUUCCCUGGGGAAACUUCUAGGGAUCCGAUGGGAGAUGGAUGGGUGAAAGGGCUGGGGUCCCAGAAGGAUUUGGGAGCUUUCUUUCCAAUUCCUCGCUGAUCCACGGAAUGGAGAGACGUCCUACAACUGCUGGAUGGAACAAGGAAGAGCCCGGGUCCAACUUCACUGUCAUCAGACUUGGGAUUAAAGGUUUGAAGAUGUGACA